UUUGCAGCCAUGGCAUCCACAGAUGAACCCUUGGAUGACCCUGGGACUUUGUUGAAAAAUCUCUCCUAUGAGGGCCAGCAACUUCGCAAAUCCAUGGAGAAGUUCAUGCCAGAAACCCUGAAGGAAGAUCAAGAGUUGGUUCCUGGUGGGGACAUUAGGAAUCCCGAUGAAGUGGAUACGUUGCCAAUGGACUUCUCAGUCUUGGAAGCAGAACAGAUGUUGCAUUCUGGGUCCAUGGACACCAUUGAAACUCCGGAUGAUGACGGUGAGGAACAAAGCAACAAGGACGAUGAAGAUGAAGGAAAAGGAAGUAAAAAGCGCAAAGCACCCCAAAGUGAAGACGAAGAUGAAGACAAUCGCAGUUCAAGUUCGAGCGAGGAAAGCGAGGCUGAGGAGAAGCAGGAGGAUGCAGGAGAAGAAAGCAACUCAGAAGUUCCCACAGCAGAAGAAGAGGAGCAAACUGAAGAAAGUGAAGGUGAUGAGGCUGAAACCUUUGAUGUGAAAGCUGCACAAGCUGAAGAAGCCUCUGCACAGAGUCGAGAGCAAUCAUCAUCAGAUGAAGGUGAUGAAGCCCAGGAAGCGAAUGAUGAGAUGAGCUCAGAAGAUGACAAUAUGGAUUCUUCCCCGAAAAAAUCCAACAAUGAUGAUGGCCAAAGUGAUGCAGAGGCUGAGGAGAAGGUGAAGUCAAAGGAUGCUGAAGAUGAAGAAUGUGAUGAAGACACCGAAAAGCCUGAAGAUGAGGAAGAGGAGGCAGAGGAGCAAAGAGACAAAGGUGAAGGAAGCAGCAAUGAGGAGGAAAGUGAAAGCGAAGCAGAGGCUGAGGAGAAGGUGAAGUCAAAGGAUGCUGAAGAUGAAGAAUUUGAUGAAGUUGAAGACACCGAAAAGCCUGAAGAUGAGGAAGAGGAGGCAGAGGAGCAAAGAGACAAAGGAGAAGGAAGCAGCAAUGAGGAGGAAAGUGAAGAAGGCGAAAGCGAAGCAGAGGCUGAGGAGAAGGUGAAGUCAAAGGAUGCUGAAGAUGAAGAAUGUAAUGAAGAUGAAGUCACCGAAAAGCCUGAAGAUGAGGAAGAGGAGGCAGAGGAGCAAAGAGACAAAGGUGAAGGAAGCAGCAAUGAGGAGCAAAGUGAAGAAGGCGAAAGCGAAGCAGAGGCUGAGGAGAAGGUGAAGUCAAAGGAUGCUGAAGAUGAAGAAUGUGAUGAAGUUGAAGACACCGAAAAGCCUGAAGAUGAGGAAGAGGAGGCAGAGGAGCAAAGAGACACAGGUGAAGGCAGCAGCAAUGAGAAGGAAAGUGAAGAAGGCGAAAGCGAAGCAGAGGCUGAGGAGAAGGUGAAGUCAAAGGAUGCUGAAGAUGAAGAAUGUAAUGAAGAUGAAGUCACCGAAAAGCCUGAAGAUGAGGAAGAGGAGGCAGAGGAGCAAAGAGACAAAGGUGAAGGCAGCAGCAAUGAGGAGGAAAGUGAAGAAGGGGAAAGCGAAGCAGAGGCUGAGGAGAAGGUGAAGUCAAAGGAUGCUGAGGAUGAAGAGAAGGCGAAGGAAGACUUAAGAAGGUCUCACUUUGGCUGGUUGAAACGCGCAGACAUGAAGAAGGUCCUGGAUGAAGUGAUCGACGACAAGGAAUUGUUCGAGGAGCUGAUGAGUGAAGGCGGCACAGACACGAGUGACGCUGAAAGUGAACAAGAUGGAGACAAGAAGUCAAAGGCAAGUGAGGACGAUGACAAAGAAAAAGAACAACCUGCAGACACAAAGGAACCCGAUGAGAACAAAUCGAUGGCUAAAAAGGAUGAUGAAAAUGAAAGCGAUGAUGAAAAGGCAGAUGAGGCUGAGAAAGAAUCAGACAAAGAGACACCACUUGGACGUCCCAGUGCUGCUGCUGCUGGGUUUACGACCAUGGGCUUGUCUGAUGCUGAAGUAGAUCAAGCGAUUGCUUUGAACAAAGAAGGCAGGUUGAAACCCAAAGGCAAAGCAGCCCCUAAGAAGCCUGCUGCGUGCACCCGCAAAGAGAAGGCAAAGGUGAACGUGAAGAAAAAGGCAGGAAAGAAAGAUGAUGAUGAAGACAUAGAAGACGACAAUGAUGACUCGCAGGAUGACGAUGUGAAGGUCAAGAAAGAGGAUUGUGAGAAAGAGGAUGAAAAGCCACAGGAGGAGACAAAGGCCCCGAAGCGCCGACAUCGAACAAAGAGUGCUCGAAGCUUGACUCCCGAGAAGCCAGCACCCAAAGCUGCGGUGAAGCCUUCGAAGGCUUUUGUCAAGAAGAAGAGGGAGGAAGACUCUGCAAAGACUUCAGUGGUGGAGUGCGUUGAUGCCAAGGCAGUCCAGGUUGGAUUCAAGGCGUCUGCUGCAGAUGACGGUCGAAAGACCCGUCACCAGUGGAGAUAUGCGCAGGCCGCGCAAACCUCUCCAAAGGCCUUCGCAUGUGAUGUGGCUGUGGCCACCUGUGCGAAAGUUUCUUCGUUGGGCGCAGUGCAGGACAGGGCUGUGGUCUUUAGGAUUCAUGGCAAAUCCCAGCUGGUCGAGGUCAAUGUCGACCAAUCCACGGGUGUGAAGAAAGUCAACGGAAAGGCAAAACAGCUUAAACGAUCAGGGGAAUACCCUCUUAAGUUUGGGUUGGCUCUGGCAGCCUUGCUUGACCUCAACAUCACAGCUGAUGACCCAGACAGCGAUGAUGAUGGCUGCCUGGACGAUUUAUUGAAAGGCCCUGAUCGGGAGGAAUAUGUCAUCUUGCUUGGUGUCUCGCAUGACUGCCGAUGUGACAUUGAUGAAGAUGACUUGGCUGACAAAGGUAAGGCUUCUACUGCUGCAAGUUCAGCAGAUACUUUCAUGAAUGAUGAUGAGAAGACCAUACGGAAGAAUAAGACUGAGAAGGCAAAACUAAAGGAAGUGACACCAGAUGGCCCAAAGACUGAGAAAGAUAGCAAGAAAGGCAACAAGGCAGUGGCACCUGAGACAAAGCAGGACAAGCCAAAGGAACCAAAGAGUAGAGACACUGAGAAGAAAGGUGAGACAAAGGUGAAAGCGAAAGAUCAAGGAGGCGAAAGCAGCAAGAAAAAGGAAAAGACGCCUGCACUGCCAGAGAAGGAAGGCCAGAACACAUGCAAGACAAGCAAGGUGGCUCACAAGGAAGGUGAGAAGGCACCAGGCAAAGACAGCAAGAAGGACAGCAACAAGGACACCAAGGAGGAUCUAAAGAAAGGAGAUGAUGCGAAGAAGAAAACAACUCAGAAGGUGACACCUGAGGGAAAGACUGAGGAGCUGAAGGUGGAGGAGAAGACGACCAAGGUUAAGGUGUCAAAGAGUAGAGACACUGAGAAGCAAGGUGAGACGAAGGUGAAAGCGAAAGAUGAAGGAGGCGAAAGCAGCAAGAAAAAGGAAAAGGCGUCUGCACAGUCAGAGAAGGAAGGCCAGAACACAUGCAAGACAAGCAAGGUGGCUCACAAGGAAGGUGAGAAGGCACCAGGCAAAGACAGCAACAAGGACAGCAACAAGGACAGCAACAAGGACAGCAACAAGGACACCAAGGAGGAUCUAAAGAAAGGAGAUGCUGCGAAGAAGAAAACAACUCAGAAGGUGGCACCUGAGGGAAAGACUGAGGAGCUGAAGGUGGAGGAGAAGACGACCAAGGUUAAGGUGUCAAAGAGUAGAGACACUGAGAAGAAAGGUGAGACGAAGGUGAAAGCGAAAGAUCAAGGAGGCGAAAGCAGCAAGAAAGACAUUGAUGCUCACAAGCAAGAUGAGAAUACAAAGGGAUCACAGACCAAGAAAGCGGAGAAGCCUCUGAAGCAGACACGGCAGACCGACAAAGAAGGAUCUGCAGAUAAGAAGGAGACCAAUGAAGCUGGAAAGACCACUGAUGUAGAAACAAAGACAAGCAAGAAAACACCUCAGAAGGAUGACACAAGUGAGGUUGCAGAAAAUAAAGGCGAUUCACAGACUGGCAAGAAAGCACAGAAAAAGGAGAAGAAAAAGGAGAAGCCUUCAGGUUCUACUCAGCAGAGUGAAGCAACCGCAGCUCAUGAGAACACCAGCAAAGAUGAUAAAGCAGGUCAAAAUGCUAAGAGUACCAGGAAGAACGAAUCGGGCAGGAGUGGCAAAGCGGGUGAGGCAAAGGAGAUGGGGACGCAGGAAACGCAAGCACCACUGGGUGAUGGUGGAAAGCCUCAAAAAAAGAAGGCAAAGCACGAUGACUCUGAAGUUGAGGCAAGGGAGGUAGAACAGGAAAAGGAAACACGUGAGACGGAAGGUGGUGACAAUUCCAAGACUGGUGGAUUGAAGCAGCCCGACGAGGAGGACAACAAGAAUGACAGGAAACAUAAGAAGACAAAGAAGGACAAGAAAGAAAAGAAAAAUACUGAUACGCAGAAGGGCAAUCCACACGACACAACACUGGCACGUCAGAAACCACUCGCACUUGAGGAAGUUGAGAAGUCAAGAGAAGCCACCAAGCCCGACCAGACCAAGAAAGCACCAGCCACUCAGCCAGAGAAGGCACCAACCACAGUUCUAGCUCUGAAAGAUGUGACAGAAACAAAAAGCAGAACCAGUGUCCCAGAGGGCGCUGAGGCUUGCUCCAGUGAUCAAGUGAUUGAAGUGUCACCCGAAAAAACAAGGAAACCCAAGAGAAAGGGAGAAGAUAGCACAAAGGAGGAUUCCACCACUGCAUCCAGUGGGAACCAGCAUGUCAAACGACCCAAGCCGUUGGCAAUUCAGGACAAAGCAGAGAAGCGACCCACCGUCCGAUGUGGCUUCGCCCAAGCCCCCAAUCGAGAGAGUGAGGACCAUGCCAAGCUUUCUUGGUGGACUGGCGUUGAGCCCCACUUCUACCUGUCAGACGGGAAGCCAGGAGGAGAUUCAAGUGUCAAGGGUGAGAAGAAGACCCGGAUCCAAAAGUUAAGCCAGGAACAAAAAGAUGCCCUGGAACAGAUGGCAUCACCAAAGGAUAUGCCAUAUGAUGAACGGAAACGGCAGUACUCAGCCCUGAGAAGGGCUGUGAUCAGGUGGUCCAUGCUGAAGCAAUGGCUUCUAUCCGAUGGAAAGAUCGAUUCCAUCACUGUUGAAGAGCGCUUCACGAAGUGGUGUGAACAGCUUCGGACAGACAAGUACGUGACAAAGUUGCAACUCUACAAAAUCUACGGGCGCUCGAAAGAGGCCAAGGCUUUCGUGGAGUCAGUUACCAAGGGAAUCCUGGCUGGAGUUGUUCGAAGUAAGAAGGCAAAGAAAGAGAAAACGCCAGCUCAGACAGCCUUGGGGGAAGCCAAACAACUUCUCACAAAGUACAAGAGAUGCCUGAACGAAGUGCCGCAGUGCAUGGAUGACCUUUCAAAUCUCAAGGUUCGCAACUAUGAGGAGCUCGCUGAUCCCGAUGACUUGUAUAGUUGGCUAGAUACCCAAAAGCCACUUUUGGCAGUGAUCGAACAGGAUCUUAGGGACGGCAAGCGCAGAGUGUCAGUUGCCAAGGGGCCCCGCAAGAGGGCUGCUCAGGCUGACGACACUGAGCCUGUCCAGUUCUCGGCUAUCUUCCACUAUGACGAGAAGCUGUUCCGACAACGUUUUCUAGGUUUGGAAGGGAAGGAGUUGGCUGGGGGUUGGAGAGCAGUUUUGUGCGCCCAUCGUGGUGACGAGAAGUAUCUGGCCAAAGCGUACCACAUUGGAUCAACUGUGGACGAUCGUUUACAAACAGCUUAUGCUGAAUUCACCAAGUUGUGCAGGACUCACAAGAUCCGUCUAGCUGCAGAAGCUUUGGAGCAGAAACGCCUUUUAUGGAAGUUGCGACCGCUUGACCAUAUUUGCAUGGAUCAAGCGCAAAAGUUUUCUCCUAUGCACACAUCGUGCUACGGGGACGAGGACAUGGUGGGAAAGGUGAAGCAAUUUGCUCUGCUGGCGAAUGGGCAGUUGUUUGAAGAAAACAGAGAGAUCGAUUUCUUCUGUUCCAAUUGUGCUGAAGUGGUUGGCGGGGUCACCUCUCCUGACAUGGUUCUGAGUGAUCACCGUAUCUUGGAGACAACCGUUGAGCUCCCGGUGAUGCGACCGUUUCGUGGUGUCAUUCCCAAAGGUCCCAGGUUCACUUGUCCGUCAGACUGCUCUUCUGACGCUUGGCGCGACAGGUUGUCGUCGGCCUGGGGUCAGGCCAAAGAACAGCUUGGCUUGGAACAGGUGCUUGCUGAUUCUGGUAAGUCUGUCCAAGAAAAGUGGGAUCACUUUCAAGCCACUCUACGCUGCUGCUUCUUGACGGCCUUGCAUGCUCCGCUCACUCCUGUGCGGCGCUCCAAAUACAAGGGUGCGGUGGCUUCUGUGCGGCAGGAAACCAUGCCUGCCUCUGGCAACUUUGUUCCGAUGCGUGAGCGCAAACUGCGCCACCGGCUGGCCCGUUGGUACGAGCUGAGCCGGUUGAGGACCAAAUACUAUACCGAUGAACUUUCGGUGUCUCAACGGUAUGAGUUCCAGCAGCUGACCUGGAAGCUCACUGGAUCUUUUGCUAUCCCUUCUCGGCAAAACAUUCGUGCUACUCUGGCGAGGCUGCAAUCAGACCUUGGUCAACUUCGUGAUCAAACCAAGAACUCCAACCUGAUGUCCUGGCGUACCAAAUUACAGAGCUGUUCUUCGCAUGUCUCUAAAUGGCUUCGCAGCAAAGAAUGGAGCAUGUGUAGCGGGGUCAUUCGUACUGAUGGCACGGUGACUGAGAACUGGCAUGAGGGCUCUGAGGCCAUCAAGGCCUUUUGGGAAUCCUUCUGGUCGGACCUGCGUCGGUCCAUCCCUUCCUUCUCGCAACGAGAAGCUGCUCUUCUCCAUGGUGUUCCUGCUCCUGUCCAAGCUGUUAACAUCCCAUUCCCCACUGGUCUUGAGUUGCAAGCUACUGCGCAAGACAGCCACGGUGCUGCGGGGCCUGACAAUUGGACUGCUCAAGAGUUGAAGUACCUCCCUCUGGAUGUCUUCAAUACGGUGUCUGAGCUCUUUCGAGCCUUUGCCACUGCCCGGGAUGUGCCGAAGCAGCUACGGCAGUCUCGCAUGGUUUGCCUCCCCAAGGAAGGCAAAGUUCACGACUACAGUAUCAAAGCUGGUGAUGCCCGGCCAAUCAGCGUCAUGUCUGUGUGGUGGCGCCUUUGGAGCUCAUCGGUCUGUCGUAGCACCUCCCUUCGUUCCUGGCUUCGUUCUGUGCUUCUGGCGAAUGUUGGUGGCGUCUCUCGAGAAGAUAUUUAUGAGAACAUCAUUGAGAUCUUUGACAACUUCCACAAGCAUGGUUUCAUGCUCACUUUGGACUAUAGCAAGGCCUUUGACUGUCUUGACAGCAACCUCUCUUGCAGCUUGCUUCGUGCUCAUGGAUGGCCUGUUGAUCUGAUUCAUUUAUUGGAAGCAACUUGGCGUCAGCAGGAGCGAUUUGUGCAAUGGGACCAUCAUACCCAUUCAAGCACCUUGGAUGCGAGUCGAGUCCAGCCUCAGGGCGACCCUUGGGGACCGCUGCUCAUGAGCCUGUGGGUUCAAGCUGGGGUCCAAACUGUUUUGCAAACUUGUGAGACACCCGAAAGUGACAUCUCCAUUAAGACUUAUCUUGAUGAUCGUUCCUGUACUGCUAGAAAUGCUGUCAAACUUCAUGAGAUCUAUCUUGCAUGGUCGCAGUGGAGUUCUAGUGUUGGCCUUUGUGAAAACUUGGCAAAAUGUGAAGUUUCAGCUGUUGGCAAACGCAAAACUGAAGAUGCUUGUCAGGUCUUCGAUCCUUCUCGUGUGUCCCCUGCCAUCCGGGUGCUGGGCGCUGUGUCCUGCUCGGUUCGUCGGGCCUAUCGUGAUGCGGAGGUUCGUCGCUUCGAAGUUAAUUUCGGUUGGGUGGCUCGCGCUCCUACUUGGACCUCUUCCAAGCAGCUGUGGUCCUGUUUCUGGUCUUCUGUGCGUCGGUGUCGGUACAGCAGUCCUUGGCUCCGCUGUCUCUUCCUCGGUGGGAACCUGCACCUUGAUGUUGUUUGGGCUACCCGCCUCCUCUCUGCGGUCUUUCGGUACCAUCUGUCCAAGGGUUCUGGUCCUGUCUGGUCGAGUCACUCUGGCACUGCCUCCAAUGCUCUGCGUUCUUGGAUGAAGGCCAAGGGCUUUUCUGAGGUCCGUCCGUGGGUUUGGCAACAUGCCUUUGCUGCGGUCACUGUCGAUGCUUCUUUGUCCCCUUCUCGUCACACUCUGCCUUCUCUGUCUGGUGCUGCUUGUCAUGCCCUGCGGCAAGGUUGGCGUGCUUGGGUCUUCCAGGAGUGGGCGUCUUCGGGUCGGCAUGAGAUUUCUUCUCUCCCUUCCUUGACCUCCUCUCUCUUUCGUUCCAUCCAAAUCGAUGAUGUUCGUUCUUGGGUGCUUUCUUCUGCCCCUGCUGCUUCGGUUGGGCUGGGUGCCACGUUCUCUCCUGCCACUUGGGAUCGACCACUAAGGUGGUCCGCGCUGAGUGCCGCAUCUGGUUUGGGCUGCUGGCACUACUUCAAAGUG